AAUUUAAAGAAGCUAGCGAAGGAAUUACGUGUCAUCAGCGUAUCACUAUUAAGAAUAUCGGAAAAAAAUCGGCUUUUAUUAAAAUCCAUCAAACCAAGUCAAUAGUACGUUGAAACUAAAUUAAAUUUUUUAAUUGGAAAUCAAAUGUUAUUUAUCAUACGAUACAUGCUUUUUAGAAGUUAACAAUUUUUAUGAUUUUGAAGUCGUUUCAAGUGGAAAGUUUGGAUAAAGGGAUAUUGUUAAAUCCAGGAUUAAGUAUACACACGGUAGUAACGUAUUCUUUUAAGCGACCGUCUCUAUUGCGUGCAGUAAUACCAAUUGAGAUUAAUGGGAAGAUUCUUGAUUAUCGCGUUAUUUGUAAAUUAUUAGUCGAAGGUAUUAGUAUCGAACCGAAAUCAAUUGACUUUGGAAUCGUCGAUAUUGGUUACUCUUCUGGUAUUAAAAUAAUUACCCUGAGGAACGAAGGCGGCAAAAGUACCAGGAUCAAAUCGGUUCCGAAUAUACGCAUCCCUUUUAACGUCAAGGUAAUCGUACCAAAACUUGUAAUUUAUCAUCCGAAUACAACUGGAGAUUUCACUCUAAUCGAUUUUUCGCAAACCGUCGUAAAUACUCGAAAGUACGAUUCGUUUGUUGUACGAAAUAUUUCUUCUCAAGUAGCUAGUUAUGUGGUGCUGGGCGAAAUCGACAACGAACUUAUAUGCAUUCGGGACAUUAACCGCAAAAAAUAUCCUGUGUACAGAGUUUUUGAAAUUCGACCGAUUCAAGGUCGUAUUGGGCCAUUCGAGGGUAUUAUUUUUGAAGUAGGGUUUACACCAAUAGACGGUUUAAUGCAUUGGCGAGAGACGGUAGAAGAGAAAUCGAACACACAAGAGAAGGAUCUCAUGGCUUUCAUAAGAAUCGUCAGAGUACACGUCACCGAGACUAAACACAUUUUGAGAGCCAAUGACAGUAUACGAGACGCUCUAACUGAGACGUUACAAACUACUAAUCAUCAGAAACGUUAG